AUGAAUAAGCAAAGUUUGGGAAAGUUAGAAACAUUAAUGAAGGAGGUGGAGCAAAAAAACCACUAAAUUCAUAAAAAUAUAGAAUCAUCAGAGUAAUCAUAAAGAGAAUAGAGGAUCAUAGAUUAAUAAGCAACUGCAUAUAACCUUCCUAGAUCUAGUUAUACUUCUUAGUCGCCUGAAAAGAGGAAUUUUUAAUAAUCAGAUUAGAAGAAUAGAAUAUAAACUUUUGGAUAAACUAGCAGUUAUAGUAAUUUAAAAAGCAAAAUAGGAUUCAGCAAUGAUUCUGCAAAAAAUCCAUAUAUUUAAGGAAGCCACUCUUCUUCUGUGGAACGCAAAAAGAUUUCAUUUACUCCUAGUAAAGAUUAAAUGACAUUAACAAAUUAGAAUUAAUAGCAGUAGAGUUCUAUUGUUUAAGUUGUUUAAACUUAAAAUAGCAGUAGGAUACCAAAACUACCUAUUUCAGUAAGCGGAAAUGGAGCAAAUUCUAUUUCAUAAACUAUUCCUAUAGUUGUUUAAGCAAGAUCAAGAAGUAGAGAUAACAAUUAAUAAACUCAAACAGCAGAGCCUAAAGUUCAUGAAAGAUAAAAUCAAUUAGAAAUAGAAAGUACUCCACUUUAAGCUAAUACUAGAAAUCAUGAAAGAAAGCACUAGCAAUAGCGUAUAGCCCCUUCAUAAGAAUAGCAAACGAGUUUGGAAGUGAUGAAAUAGGAGCAUGAGUUAUUAGAGAAGAAAUACUCUAAGAAAUAAAAUUAAGUGAAGGAGUUAAUUGUUUUAGUAACUCAGAAGGAGAAAGAAAUUAAAUAAUUAAAGAGUUAAUAAUAGAGUAUUUAGCAAAAUAAAAAUUAAUUAAUUUCUGGCAAUGAUGAAAAAUAAAAUUAAAAUCAUGCUUUUGGAAAUUGUGUUUUGAAUGAUCAAAAAUUGUUUGAUUAUUGCUUAUUUUUAGAAGGAUAAUAUCGCAGACUUGAGAGGAAAGUAAAGAGAAAGUCUAGAGAGAUAGAAAUACUUAGAAAAGAAGUUAAACCUGCUGUAUAUCAAAAAAUUCAUCAGGAAAUUUAAAAUAUGAAAUUUGAAGAGUGUGAAGAAGAUUAUAAAUGGUUAAUAUAAUUUUAUAAUGGCAGGAAUAUACCAACACUUAGCUAAAAUAAUAUUUCAUCUUCAAAAGAACUCUAUACCUUAAGCAAGCAAAUGAUGCAAGAGCAAUCUGAGAAUUUUAAGGAACUUAGAAAAAAGCUAAAAGAACAAGAAAAGAUAAUAAAUAAGGAAUAAGAAAUCAUUGUGAAGGAAAUGGAAAGAAAUCUUAAAAAUUCUAAGGAUGAGCAAAAGAAAUAUUAGAUUUAAUAUGAAAACAAGAAGAAAGAGAUUAUUUAAAUCAAGUAGAGCUUAACUAUUUAAAUCAACACUUUAUCUCAAUAAGUUGAUUCUCUUAAAAGUGAAAAUAGUUUACUCAAGCAAGAGAUAUAAAAUAUAAACAUCAAUCGCUAAGCUGAGUUAAAUGAAUUUGAAGAAGUCAAAUUGUAACUAGAAAAUGCUGAGCAUUAAUUAUUUUAAAUUCAAAGAGAGUACUAAACCAAGAUUGAGGAAGUCAGCGAAAAAAAGUAUGAAAACAGCUAAAAUCAUAUUACAGUUUCUCAACUAAAUGACCAAAUCAAUAGAUUAAAUCAAGAAAAUGCAAAUCUUCUUAAAGAGAAAGAAUAAGUAUUACGUAAAUCUGAAUCUGACAAAAUGCGUAUAGAAGAAUUCUAAUUAAAGCUUUCAAAGGUAAAUGAGGUUUAGGAAUAAUAUUAGUUAGAAAUAAGAUAGCUUUCAGUAAAGUUAGCAGAUAAGGAAAAUGAGAUUUAUGAAAAAAUGCAAGAAAUAGACUAGCUAAGAUAGAUUAGUAGUAAUGAUUUGGAGAUUUAGUAGUUAAAAGAAGAAAAUUAGAAUUUAAUUGAUUAGAUUAACUAAUUACAUGAAGCACAAUAAACAUUGGCCAUACAUAAUGUGUAAAUCAAUGACGAGUUACGCAGAUUGCAAUAGUAGAGCUCAGUUAAUGUCUAGUAAAUAAUUAUUGAAAAGACUUAGAUUUAAGAAAGGUAUACAUACAUCUUGAAAGAAAUAGAAGAAAAAAAUAUCAUCAUCCAUCAAUAUGAAGAGAAAGAAGAUCAAUAUCAAGCAGAGGUUAUGAAUUUUACUAAGUAGUUGGAGAAUCUUUAAGAGAAAUAUGAUAGAAUGAAUGAAGAAUUCGAUGAUUUAUUGAAUGAAAAAGAAUAAUUUUUAAUUUAAAUUUAAGAUUUAUAAAAUAAAUGCUAACAUGAAUAAGAGAUAAAUUAAAAAUACUUAGAUCAAAUAGGAAAAUACAAGCAAGAUGAUAUUGAUUAGUAAAAUAGAGAGAAAAAGUACCUUAAAGAAAUAUAAAAACUCAAAGAUGACAUCGAUUAGCUGUCAAAGUAAAGCAAGAAAAAUUAACAUGAAAAUAAUGAAGAAAUCAAAGCUAUGUUGACUUCUUUGCAAACUAAAAAUGAGAAACUGGAAUAAGAAAAUGCAUAAAUAUUGUAAAGUAGUUAAGAAUAACAAAAUUAAUUGUUAACUAAUUUAGAGAUGCUUACUUAGCAAAAUAUUGACGUAUAAAAUAAUUUGGCUAUUUUAGAAGAAGAAGUCAAUUAAAAGGACUUGAAAAUACAGCAAUUAGAAUAAGAAUUGCAGCUAUCUGCUUAAAAAAUUGAAACAUUUUUGAGUCUGUAGCAAUAAUAUUUAGCUGAAGAGGAAAACAAAAUAAAGCAUGCAUAGAACUAAGCCUUAUUAAAACAGUAAGAAUAGAAACUGGAAAUAAUAAUCGAUGAUUUGAAGAACAAGAUAGAUAAGCUAAAUUAACAAAUUAAAGAUCAAUAGUAUGAAAAUAAGGAGGUGAAAUUUGAAUUAGAAAAAUGCAGAGAAAGUAAAAAAGAAUAAGAAGAAAAACUGUAAAAGUAAAAAGAUAAAAAUAAAGAACUUAAAUAAAAAAUUACAGAAAUUGAAGCAUUAAGUGUCAAAUAAAUUUCAUAGUUAUAGUAACAAAUUUCAUAAUAUGAAAUCUAAAUCAAAAAUUCGCAGAAGGUUGAACAAGACUUAAAAGAUAAAAUCACAGAAAUAAAAGAAAAACUCUCUUAAAAUCAAUUAGAGCUUAGUAAACAAAAAGAAAAAAGUAGUAGUAGCAGCAGUAGUAAAAAUGUUCUAAGAAGUGAAUACAUUUAAGAAAUUGAAAAAUAUUAAAAUCAAAUUAAAGAAUUGAAAAACAACCUUGAUGACAAAGAAAGAGAAACAAGAAAAAUAUUAACUGAAUAUAAUGAGGCCAGGAAUAAGAUACUCUCUUAUCAAACAGAAUAACUCGAAAAUGAGGAGAAAAUAGACAAGUUAAAAGAAGAACUCAAAGUUAAAUCUAAUAAAUUAAAUUAGUAAUAAGAAACUAUAGACUAGCUCCAAUAAGAAAUCUAGAAGAAAUAAAACAUCAUCAUGAGUGGCUCAAAUAAUCUGAAUAACAGUUAAAUAAGCUAAAUCAAUGGAAAUAGCAAUCAAAGAAGAUCACUCAAUAACAUUAUUGUAGAUGAGAGUGGAAUAAAUAAUACAAAUCAUGUCUCUUAACUGAACCAAUAAAUUAAUGAUCUUUAAAAUUUAUUACAAGAGAGAGAAAAUAUAAUUAACAAUUUAAAAGAAGAAAAUAAAUAGAUUUAAGACUUCUAUCAUUCAGAAUAGCAAGAAAAGGUCAAUCAACUAGAAAAUUAGUACUAAUAAAUUGAAAAUCAAAUUAAAGAGAGGGAUGAUAAGAUUGCCUACCAAUCCUCUCAACUUGAUCAAAAGUCAAAAGAAAUUCAACAACUUAAUGAUAGGAUAAAGUAAAUUACUUCAACAAAAGACCAAAUUACUUAAUAAUACAGCAAGCUUUAAGAAAAUAACUUGAAGUUACAUGACUAAAACGUUGAGUUAACUGCUAAGCUAGAAAACUUCUAACAAGAGUUUUAAAAAAUAAUUGUUAAAGUUAAGGAAUAAGAAUAAGCAACCAAUUAUAAAGAUAUGAUCAUUCAGUAAUUAGAUGAUAAAAUAAAAGAAUUGGAAUAGGAAAAGCAAGAGGCUGAUAAGGUUAUAGACAAAGUAAAAUCAAGCAAAAAGGACUAAUUGAAUGAUGCCUAAUAACAAUAAAAGAAUUUAUAAGCUAAUAAUGAGUAAAAAUAAGCUUUGAUUGACUAACUCAGCGCAAAAGUUGGUAAAUAAUAGAAAUAGGUUGAGGAUUUAGAAGUUUAAUUAUCAGAGACUUAAACUAAAAUAAAAUAAUUAUAAGAUCAAGUUAAUGAUUUGGAAGAGUAAAAGUAAAACAAAAAUGAAAAAUUGCAAGAAAAGGAAAAGGAAUUAUUUGCUGUUCUAUCUAAAUCUAAUGAAAAAGAGUAAAAUUUAGAAAAUUAGUUAGAAGAUGUUCGUAGGAAAUUGAAAGAAGUAGAAGAUAACUUGCAAAAAGCUCUUAAUACCAUAGAAUAAAAGGAAACUGAACUAAAGCUAAUUAAAGAGAGGUUAACUAAAUCAGAAAAAUCUGAAAAGAAACUAGAAAAAGAAAGAAAUUAAAAGAGUGAAGAAGUUUAAUAGCAAUAAAAAGAUGUAGAAUAAUUGUAAUAGAGAGUUUAAAUUUUAGAAUAAUAAAAUUCAGAAUAUGGAAAGAUUAUUUAAGGAAAAAGUAAUGAUUAUGAUUCAAUAAUAAAGAGUGUUCAUAAAGAACUAAAUACAUAAAUAGAAAUUGUUUAAACCCAUAAAACACUCUUAGAUAAAGAGUAAAGCGAGCAUGAAUAAACUAAGAAAGAAUUCGAAGAUUGGAAGAAUAAGCUAUAAAAAAGUUAAGAAGAGAAUAGAUUGAAAACAGAAGAGAUUUAAAAUAUCUAAGACUAGCUUAUAGAUACACAAAAUGAAAUAAAUUCUUAAGAGGAAACAAUAAAAAAUCUAAAUAAUUAAUAUGAAAAUUUAUAAAAAUAGAAUGAAUAAUUAAAUGAGGAACACAAUAAUUUAAAAUCUAAAUUGACUUCUUUGAACGAAGAAUAUUCAUUUAAGAUAAUAAGAAUGGAAGAAACAAUUAAAACACUUGAAGAAGAAUUGAAUUAGCUUAAAUAAAAUAAUUAUGACUUAUAAUAAUUGAUUUAAGAGAAAGAUAAUCUUAUUCAAAUAAACAUUACUAAAAUUAAUUAAUAUGAGUAAUAAAUUAUCAAUUUCUAAGAAAUUAUUUAAGACUAGCAAGAUCAAGCUUAAAUUUAAAAGCAAUAAAUAGAGUUGCAGGCAUAAACAUAGGAAAGCACUUUAAAAAAGCAGAAUGAAUAAGUUAUCGCUCAAAUUAGAGCUGAAUUAGUUAAAGAAAAUCUUUAAAAUAUCUAAAAUUGUAAAGAAGAAACAGAAAUCCAUUUCCAAAAUAUCUUGCAAGAAAAAGAAUAAUAAUAUCAAGUCUUAUUCUAGCAAACCACUUAAUCAUACGAAUCUAAAAUUAUCUUAAUAUAACAAGAAUUCUAAGUAAUAUUACAAUAAAAAUUAGAAGAGCUUGAGGCUGCUUAAAGUGCUAUCUUGUAAUAAAAGCUAAAUGAGCAAGAAGCACAACAUUAGAAGGAAUUGUAAAAGCUAUUGAAAAAUUAAUAAAACGAACUACAAAGUAAAUUUUAAGAAGAAAUGAAACAUUUAGAAGCACAGUAUUAAGAAAAAUUGAAUGAGUAGAGUGAGAACCAUAACAAAAUAUUGAGUGAACAAGCUAAGUAAAUUUAAAAUAGUGAAAAUCAAAACUUGUCAUAAAAGAUUAUCGAUUAAUAGACUUAAUUUGAAUAAAUUUUAUCACAAAAAUUAAAAGAAUCUGAAGAAAUUCAUAAUUAAAUUUUAUAAGAAAAAAUAAAGGAGUGUGAAGGCAAUUUCUAGCUUAUUCUUUAAGAAAAAACAAUAGAAAUUUAAAAUGAAUAAAAUAAGGUUUUAUUAGAUAAACUCAAAGAGCAGGAAAGCCAACUCAAUAAAUAAAUUCAAUAAAAGCUUAGUGCAGAUUUUUAAUAAUAAGUAUAAACUUUAGUUGAAAAAUAAAAGCAAUAAGAAGAGAAUUACAAUAAAAUAAUUUAAGAAAAGGAUUAAUAAAUUGCAAAAAUGGAUGAAAUUUUGAAAGUUAAUUCUUAAGAAUUCUAGCAGGUCUUAUAAGAAAAAGAGGCAUAGAUAUUAGAAAUUACAAAUAAUAUUAAUAUCAUUUAAUAAUAAAAUAAUAUAUAAAUUUAACAAAUUAAUUAAUAGCACAAGUAGGAAAUAAAUGAGAUAGUAUCCUCUAAAAAUGAAAUUACAAAAUAUACUAAGUCUUUAGAAGACUAAAUUGCUGAAUAGGAAAUGAAGAAUAAAGAUAGAGAUUAAGAAGAAAAUCAAUUAAAAUAAGAGUUGAAAAAGCAAGAAGAUAAAGUCCAUGAUUUAACUUAGAAGUAUUCAAAAUUAUAAACAGAACUAGAAAAUUUAAAAGAAUAACACUAAGAUUACGUUAAGCAGUUAUAGAAUUAGCACCUAUAAGCUAUUCAAGCCAAGGAUUCUGAUAUAGAAAAAUUAAAUGAAAAUGUAAGAAAUUCCAAAAAGAACUCACAAGACUUGCAGCUUCAAUUAUAGUCCUUGCAAUAAACUAGGCACAACCUUGAAGAAUAAUUAAAUGAAUUAAGAACAUUAAAUAGCAAAUCAGCUAAUUAAUAAAGUUAAUAAUUCUCUUAAUUACAAGAUGAAUACAGCGAGCUGCAAUAAAACCUUUAACAAAAGAAUCUUCAAUUUAAAUAAAUGCUUAAUGAGCAUGAAAGCGAAAAGAGUUAAUUGAAUGAAAAAAUAACUAAAAUUGAGAAAUAAUUGAAGGAUAAUUAAACUAUUUGCUAAGAACAUUAAAACUUAAUAGAAUAAAACAAUUUAAAAAUAAAAGAGUAGCAAUAAAAAAUUAAAGAGUAUGAAAACUAAAUUAGCUAAAUGCAGCAAUAAAAUGAAGAAUAAGCUAAAAUACAAUAAAAAGAAUAAAAUAAUUUAGAUAAAGAAAUAGAAAAAUUGAAAAAGCAUAUUGAAAGCAAUCAAAAGGAAGCUGCUGAAUAGCAAUAAGAACUAAUUAAGAAGCAUCAGUAAGAAAUUGAUAACAUUCAAAAUUAAAAUGAUAUUCAUUUGUAAUAACAAUUAAAUUAACUGAAAUAAUAAUAUGAGGUAUAAAUUUAAUAGAUUACUAAAUAGUAAAAAGAAGAGGCACAAAAACACAACUAAUCAAGUGAAUAACAAAUUUAAUAAAUAACUGCUAAAUAUUAACAAGAUAUUUAAAAUAUCGUUUAAUAAAAUGAAUAAAAAAUAGCUGAAUUAAAUGAAGCCAAUAAAUAGUUAAGUUAAAAAGAUUCAGAUAACCAAAUUAAAAUACAUUAGCUUUAACAAGAAUCUGAAAAUAAUUCAACAAAUUUUGAAACUAAAAUAUCUGAAAAUAGUAAAAUUUAUGAAGAAAAAAUAAGUUAAAUUUCAAUUACUUUUGAGACUAAAAUAACUGAAAUAAAAUAAUCAUAUGAAAUAUAAAUAAAUGAGCUGAAAUAGCAAUAUGAGACAAAAAUAUAAUCACUUUAAGAAUCUGAAAAAUAGACAAAUGAAUCAAGUAAUAAAGAAAAGCAGGAAUUAAUUUCAAAAUUAAAGGAAGAAUUCUAAAAAGAAAUAGCUGAAAAGGAUGAAAAUCACAAUAAAUAAGUUAAAGAAAUUUAAGAUAAUUUAGAUAAAUAAAUAAAUGAUUAUGAAUCUAAAAUUAAAGCUUUGCAAGUUGAUUAUCAAAAAUAAAUUGAAGAAUCAAAAGCAGACCAUGAAAAAAAUAUUAAAGAAAUUACUGAAAAAUUUGAAAAAUAAAUUUCUGACUUAAAUGAAAGAUAAUAGAAAGAUAUUGAAGGAAUCUAAAUUAACCACGAAUUCAUAAUAAAAGAGUUAUAAAAAAAGAUUGAAACUCUAACAAUAACUUUAGAUGAAAUCAACUAAGAAAAAGAAGAUAUUGUGAACAAAGCAAAGGAAGAAGCUGAAUAAGAGAUAUAGAAUAUCGAUUAGAAGUAUAGAAGUUAAAUUUAGCAGAUGCACAAAGAUCAUAAUGAUUAUAUCCUUAAUACAGAAAGUGAUUAGUAAGAUGCAAUAUAAACUGUUAAAGAACAAUAUGAGCUAGAGAUUUAGGAACUCAAGCAAAUGAUACCUUCAGAUUCAAAUGAAUUAAUAUAAAAAUAUCUUAAUUAGAUCAAAGAACUUGAAGAAAAAAUAUAAUAGCUUUAAUAAUAAGAUACUUAGUCAAAUGAAGAAAAUUAAAGAUUAGAGUUAACAAUUAUCUAAUUAGAAGAAAAAAUAAUUCAAGUUGAAAAUAAGUAUCAAAUACAACUAUCCAACGAAAGUGAAAGUCACAAGCAAUUAAUAAUUGAGAUAGAAACUCAAAAUAAAGAAAAAAUUGCAGAGUUGUAAAGAAUAGAAAAUGAAUUAAGAAUUCAAAUUGCUUCUCUUUUAGGUAUGGAUGAAAAACAAAAAGUUGAUCAAUAAUAAAAAAUAAAUCAAUAAGGUGCUGAUAAAGAAUAACAAAUAGUAAUCUUACAAAAAGAAAUUCAUACUAUAGAGUCAACUUACUAGCUUAGGAUAUAAGAAUUUGAAAAAUAAAUUUAAGAUAUACAAUUAAGGGAAUCUCAGAGAUAUAGUUAAUUAGCUUAGAGAUACUUAUUAAUUUGUCUUGAAUCAGAAAGAUUAAAAAGCUCUGCAAAUGAAAGAAACUCUUCUUCAGGCUCUAACACAAGUUAAUAUUAGAGUAGAAUUAAUGAAUUAGAAAUUCAAAUUUAAAACCAUAUUGAAGUUAUAAGUAAGCUACAGUAAGAGCUUAAUAUAAGCAGUACUACUAUUAAUCAAUAAAUCUAAAAAAUAUAAAUUUAUGAAUAGCAAAUUUAAUCAAAUAAUUUCACAGAUUAAAAUCUACUUUAAAAAUAUCUUAUUGUUUGUUUGGAGGCAGAGAGACUUAGGUAAGUUGCAUUAAAUUAAUCAUCUAAAUCUAUGGCUGUAUCAAACUAACCUGUAGAUUUUGAUAAAGAUUAGUAAAUAUCUAAACUAUAAAUAUAAGUUUAAUAAUAUGAACACAAAAUGUCAGAACUACUCAUAACAAUAAAUAGCAAAUAAGAAUUAAUAUCUAAAUUAGAAACAGAAAUCAAUAUUCAUAUAGAAAAGGUUAGUAUUCUUAAUCAAUAAAUGCAAUCAUAAUAAACUUAAUCAUCUGUUGACACUUAACUUUUAUAGAAAUAUCUUAUAGUUUGCUUGGAAGCUGAAAGACUUAAGUUACAAAAAGGUACUUCUGGUAUCAGUAUUUAAUAAAACUUUAAUGAUUCAGAGAUAGAAAUUUUAAAGUAAAGAGUUAUUUAACUUGAACAAGAAGUUAUCUACAAGUCUCAGAUAAUUAGUGAAUUUGAAGAGAGUAAAGGUGUGAAAAGGUCCACUAAGUCAAGUUAAAAUUAGGAAUUGAGCUAACAGUAUUUAGUAGUCUGUAUGGAAGCAGAGCGUCUCCAAUAGUAAUUAUAAAAAUAAAAAGCAGAUUAUGAGAAUUAAAUAAGCGAACUGAUUAAAAAAGAUAAAAGAAACUAAGAAUACCUCAAAAUAAAUGAUGCUCAAAUUAAGGCCUUAAAUGAGAAACUUAAAUCCUCAAGCUAAAGCUCCUUAAAAUCAAAUCCAUCCUCUCCGGUAAAUGAAGAUUAAGAUAAUAAAAUUAAAGAAAUUCAAGCUAAGUUAGAAAAAGCUCAAAUGUAGAUUGAGAGUUAAAUGCAAAAAAUAGAAAAACUUCACAAUGAAAAAAUAAAUGUUGAGGAUUCAAAUGCUAACUUAAACAGAUUUAUAAAUGAUUUGAAGGAUUAAAAGUCUUCAAUAGAAAAAUAACUACAUUAAUUGGAAAAAGAAAAUAUUGAAAAAUCUCAUCAAAUUGAAAAGCUAGAAUAAGAAAAAAUACUACUUCAAAAAUCUGUUGAAGAGUUAGGUGAGAAAUUAAUUAAAAUGCAAAUUUAGUAAAGAGAUGAAGAGGAAUAUGAUGACUAAGUAUUCGUAGUAAAUAGAAAAAUGGAUGCUUUAAAGAGUUUAGUAACUCAAUUAGAAAGAGAUGUAAAGAAGUAUGUUGAAACCUCUUAAACUAUGUAAAGAAUAGGUAUUUCUUUAUUCUCUGUCGAUAGAGAUUUACCUCUUGAAACCUUUGUAGAGCAACUAACAUAAAAUGUAAAUGAUGUUCUCAAAUUCCUUGAACAAUAAAUAGAUGAUAAAGAUGCUUAACUUGAAGAUCUCCAAAGGAACUUGUAAGCAAAAGAUGACUAGAUCUACUAACUCUAAAACAAUCUUGAAAGUCAUCAGUAAUCAUUCUUACAAAAAGAAUUCUAAACUGGAGAAGAUAAAAAUAUGGAAAAAGUUAAUGAAAUUUUAGGUCUUUCUGCUAUUGGUGCAGAUAUUGUUGAAUAGAAAAAAGACUAAAGUUUCCUUUCAGACCAUGACAUCGAAAACAUUGCUAUUGAAGAUAAAAAAAUUUCUGUAUAGAUUUCCUAUAGAGACAAUGAUGAAAUAUAGGAAAGAAACUCAAAGAUGGGAGGUAGGCCAUCAUCUAAUUAAGGAUCAGUUUAGCAUUCAUAUAAUUAAUAAUCUUAAAACUAAUCCUCAGUGCCAAAUGUUGAUAAAAAUAUAAAAGAAUAAUAUGAUCAUUAAAUAUAAUCAUUAAACGAAUAACAUAGAUCUAUAAAGAGAAAAUAUGAUAACUUAUUAAUAGAAAAUGAAGACUUAAAAAGAAAUCUUUCAUCUUUCUAUUCUUUGCAAGUAAAUAACCCUCUUAAUCCUGCUGAAAUUAAUUUGAUGAGACAGGAAAUGGAUUAGUAAAAAAUGCAGCUUGACUAAUUAAAGGAAGAAAUUGAAGAUCAUGAAGAAAAUGAAGAAAGGUAUUAGCAACAGGUAAUUCGUUAAAUUAAAUUGAUUAAUUUAAAAAUUUUAAUUUCUUUUUAAGUUUUUAAUGAAAUUUUAAUUUAAUAUAUAAAUUAAUAUAGAUUGGAUAAUUAAAGAAGAAGAUCUUUGAAUUAGAAAAGCAGCUCAAAGAAAGUGUAGCAGGUCAUUAAUAUUAAGCUGUUAAGGAUAGCUUUUAGAAUUUCUUCAAACUUCAUUUUGAUAAAAACUCUAAAACUAACGAAUUUAUUAAAGCAGAAGAAUAUCUUAAGAUCUUACUUAAUUUACUAAAUAUCGGAGAAUAAUAAAAGAAAGAGUGCGUCUUAGUUUAUCAGUAAGUGGUGGCUAAUUCUAAAAAAUUCAAAUUUUUCUGAAAUAACUACAGAAGCCAUCAUAAAAAUUAUAUAGAAGUGUUAUUUAAUGCUGCUCUAUGUUAAAAAAAAUUAAAAAUUAUAUAAUAAAAUUUAUUUAAUUAAAAACUUUAGUCUUGAUAAUUUAUAAUUUCAUAUAGUUAAAAUACAAAAAUAUGUUUUUAAUAAUUCUAAUAAAUAAACUUUGAAAUAUAUAUUAAUAUCAUGUUUAUUACUUAUUGUAAGGAUGAAAAGUAGCGCUCUUGUUUCAAAUUUUUUUAAACAAAUUUUAAUGAACAACUAAAAGAAAUUUACUUUUAAUAAAAUUCAAAAUCAAUCCAUUAUUUAUAAUUUUUUUAACAAAAAUACUACCUAUCUUUCAUUAUAAUUUUAUUAAACUUCAUAAAUUAAAUUUAGUAUAAAAAAAUAUAAAAUUCUUUUUUUAAAUUGGUUAUGA